AGGCUGCUCUUGGUGGAGUCAGUCACAGCGGGGCCGAAGCCAGCAAGCGGCCUCGGCGAGGAGGAGGCUUGCUGGGCUGCGGAGGGCAGGUGUUGCCAGCCCUGGAGGAGAGGGCCCCGGUUGGGCCUCAGCCCUUGGUGUCAUCACAGGGGAGCCCCCCUCGCCGCUGCAGACGGCACCAUGUGGGCUCCAGGGUAUCAUCGGUCCUGGUUCCACUGGGGGCUGCUCUUGCUGCUGCUCCCGGGGAUGCCCCUGGGAGGCCUAGCCCUGCCACCCAUCCGCUAUUCCCAUGCGGGCAUCUGCCCCAACGACAUGAACCCCAACCUCUGGGUGGACGCCCAGAGCACCUGCAAGCGAGAGUGCGAAGCUGACCAGGAAUGUGAGACCUACGAGAAAUGCUGCCCCAAUGUGUGUGGGACCAAGAGCUGCGUGGCGGCCCGCUACAUGGAUGUGAAAGGGAAGAAGGGCCCCGUGGGCAUGCCCAAGGAGGCCACGUGUGACCAGUUCAUGUGUCUGCAGCAGGGCUCUGAGUGUGACAUCUGGGAUGGACAGCCCGUGUGCAAAUGCAAAGACCGCUGCGAGAAGGAGCCCAGUUUCACCUGUGCCUCUGAUGGCCUCACCUACUACAAUCGCUGCUACAUGGACGCCGAGGCCUGCUCCAAGGGCAUCACGCUGGCAGUGGUCACCUGCCGCUAUCACUUCACCUGGCCCAACACCAGCCCUCCGCCCCUCGAGACCACUGCGCAUCCCACCACAGCCCCUCCGGAGACUCUGGGGCUGGACCUGGCAGCCCCGGCCCUGCUCAACCACCCUGUCCAUCAGUCCGUCACCGUGGGCGAGACCGUGAGUUUCCUCUGUGACGUGGUGGGCCGGCCCCGGCCGGAGCUCACCUGGGAGAAACAGCUGGAGGACCGGGAGAACGUGGUCAUGAGGCCCAACCACGUGCGUGGCAAUGUGGUCGUCACCAACAUCGCCCAGCUGGUCAUCUACAAUGCCCAGCUGCAGGAUGCCGGCAUCUACACCUGCACAGCUCGGAACGCUGCCGGGGUCCUGCGGGCCGACUUUCCGCUGUCGGUGGUCAGGGGGGGUCAGGCCAGGGCCACCUCGGAGAGCAGUCCCAACGGCACAGCCUUCCCAGCAACCGAGUGCCUGAAACCCCCAGACAGUGAGGACUGCGGAGAGGAGCAGACGCACUGGCACUUCGACGCCCAGGCUAACAACUGCCUCACUUUCACCUUUGGCCACUGUCAUCGCAACCUCAACCACUUUGAGACCUACGAGGCCUGCAUGCUGGCAUGUAUGAGCGGGCCGCUGGCCACGUGCAGCCUGCCCGCCCUGCAGGGGCCCUGCAAAGCCUAUGUGCCACGCUGGGCCUACAAUAGCCAGACGGGCCUGUGCCAGUCCUUCGUCUACGGCGGCUGUGAGGGCAAUGGCAACAACUUUGAAAGCCGUGAGGCCUGCGAGGAGUCGUGCCCCUUCCCGAGGGGCAAUCAGCACUGUCGGGCCUGCAAGCCACGGCAAAAGCUUGUCACCAGCUUCUGUCGGAGCGACUUCGUCAUCCUGGGCAGGGUCUCCGAGCUGACUGAAGAGCCUGACUCGGGCCGUGCCCUGGUGAUGGUGGAUGAAGUCCUCAAGGACGAGAAGAUGGGCCUCAAGUUUCUGGGCCGGGAGCCGCUGGAAGUCACUCUGCUUCACGUAGACUGGGCCUGCCCUUGCCCCAACGUGACCGUGAGCGAGGCACCCCUCAUCAUCAUGGGAGAGGUGGAGGGUGGCAUGGCCAUGCUGAGACCCGACAGCUUUGUGGGGGCGUCCAGCACGCGGCGGGUCAGGAAGCUGCGUGAGGUCAUGCACAAGAAAACCUGUGAUGUCCUCAAGGACUUCCUGGGCUUGCAAUGAAGCUGGCCCAUCCCAUCUACCCUGACCCUCCUCUGCCCCCACCCCUGCCCUCAGUCAGUCAGCCACUGGGCCAAGAUCAGAUGAGUUGGCCUUGGCUAGGGGAGAGACAUCAGCUCACUUGUGGGAAGAAAGCCAGCAGAGUCUCAAAACCACCUCUAUUCUUUGGGCUCAAUAAAAGGUCCGUAUCUGUUCCUUUCUUUCCUUUUUUUUUUUUUUUUUGAGACAGGGUUUCUCCAUGUAGCCCUGGCUGUCCUGGACUCACUUUGUAGACUAGGCUGGCCUUGAACUCACAGAGAUCCACCUGCCUCUGCCUCCGGAGGGAUGGGAGUAAAACCACCACGUCUGGCUAAAAGGUCCAUAUCUUUUUUAGCUGGUGGGAGGAGGAGGGUGGGCAAAGGGAAGAGAAGAAACGGGUAAGUUAUUUCCCAUGGGUGGUCCCCUCAGGUAAUUUAACCCUUUGCUGACCCAUGCCUCUCUGCCCAGACUCCUAGCCAGGGGUCAGGAGGAGAUGGCAUCUGCAUUGUUAAAUGGUUUGGCUCGCACAGCAGGUAUUCGGGAGCCUGAGGAUUGCUUAGGACAACUUCCCCACUGCCUCCCUCCUCACUGCAGUCAGAGACUGCCUCACAUUAAGUACUGUCCAACCCAGGCGAGAACUCAUCCUAAUGGAGGAUGCAGGGACGGCUGCCUUUGGUGGGGUCAGUUGGUUUCCCCGACAUC